AUGACGGAAUCCGCCCCUCCGCCCUCCGUCCCCAACACGACCGCAACGCCGGCAGGCCCAACAACAACUACAAACCAAUCCACAGCCUCCAACAAUAAUAACGGCAAUGGAACAGCAUCGGCCCAAGCCGGGGCAAACCGCGGCCUGCCAUAUUACGAGAAACUGCGGCGCGAGCUACGCGACACGUUACAAAAGAAGCGAUUAAUGGAUAAGAGCAUGGUAUGUUAUCUAUCGUAUUUACCCCUGCUGCUUGAUACACUUCAUAUAUUUCCGAAGGCCGUUUCUUUGCCUAUUACAGUGCUGAUACAGGCGGACGCGCAGGCCCAACUCGAAGAUCAGAUCUUUCGCUUUGAACAAUCCUACCUCGAAGAAACAACCGCCGGGAACAUCAUUAAGGGAUUCGAUAACUAUAUCAAGGGCUCAUCCAGCGGUGCUGGUGCUGGUGGGUCAUUAGCGCUUUCGGGAGGUGCAGGUGGUGCCAGACGAAAGGCACAAGUGACUGAUGCCGAUCGUGUUUUCUCUCGGAGCUCGGCGAGCUUUAUGCGGGUAUGUUUUCCCUAUAAGCCACAGUCUUUAGUAUCAAGGGCUAAUAUUCGGGAAGGAUUCGACGCCAUCAUCUGUUCAGACUACUCCCUCGCAUGCCCCGACUCCGACAUCUGUCAAUGGAUCGUCAGGGAAACCGAAUGGUGA